AACAAUAUAUUGGUCGGACUCGGUUGUUGCUUACAUCUUACAGGAUAGAAACUGCUCUGCAGAGGGAGGGAUGAGUCUCUCCCCUGUUAUUGGCACAGAAGUGCCAGAAGCAGCUAAUGGGGUGGCGACGCCCGUUUCUCUGGAGAACGGCCCUCGUGCGCCGGUCUCGGUAAAACACGGCGGGAGCAGGUUACCCGAUAACGGAGCGGAGUCGAUGGAUGGGAGAACAGAGAACCACGUUGACACAGCAAACAGACUGAACGCUGCAGAAAGCAACUUUGACACUGAGACAAAUCUUCACGAGAGAACAUCUAGUUUAUCAUUACACGGUUCCCAGGUGGUAGACCUCUCUUUUCAUGAUGACGCAGAAACAGGAAACUCCGAAUCCAAAGACACAGACAUUCCUGAGGGAUCGAAGGCCGAGGAUCUGGUUCUCAUGUGGGAUUCAGCACCGCAUGCAGAGCCCACAGACGUCUGUCAGCAGGGAGGCCCUGGCAUGGCAGAAAGAUACCUGACGGAGGCUGAGAGUGAAGAGAGAAGGCUUGAUAGAAGAGAGGAAGAUGAGGACGGAGAGAAGGAGAAACAGGAUAUGGAGACGGAUGAGAAGAACGAGAACAGGUGGAGGAGCACUGGAGGAAGAACAAAGAAGGAGCCCUCGCAACACUACUCCUCUUCAGCUCCCGGUCUCAGUACCUCCUCUUCUUCUACUCCUCAACCUGCUCUUCUCACCUCAGAUGAUGCCCCAUGUCCUCCCCACGUCAUGGCCCAGGUUUGGGUCCGGAACAACCGGGGGAUGCAGGACAGCAAGAGCCUGGAUGAAAUCAGCCAAGCCUGCGGAGGUGGUCCAGGAGCCAGAGGAGGUGGCAGAAGCGGGCAGUCAGAGGGCCGCAGGGCCACCAUCUCCUCAGCUCUGGAGCUGGAGGGGACGGUCAGCCACGAAGGAGACCUCACCAACUUCAUCACAAAGAACCUGGAGCAGAAGAUCAAAAUGAGCUCCAAGCCCAGCCUCGACUGCAGUGAUUCUGACUGUUCGGGUCCAAUCUACCGAAGCCGAGGGUUGUCGCGGAGACCAGCGGACAUCCCGCCUAUCGACCCCACAGUUCUGUUGGACCUCCAGAGACACACCCAAGAGGUGGCCCACAGCGUGGAGAUUAUGAUGAAGAGCCUCAAUGGAACCAUCCAGAAUAUGACGGCUCUGAGCGUUGGCUACAUCCAGACCUACAGAGACUCUGUGGACAGCCUGGGAGAGUCUGUAGACAUGAGCAUAAAGGGCAUGUACACACUAAUGGCUCGUUGCGAGGAGCUGGAUCGCUCCAUGCAGCCCAUCCACACGCUGGCGGCUCAGAUCCGUGACAUCAAACGCACCCUGGAUGCUCUAGAAGCGAUCUGCAAGUAAUCCCCCCUUCCUGCCAGAUCCGAACACAGCUCCGACCUGCAAAGAUCCAACCUAAAGCUCAGCCACAAGAAAAAAAAAAAAAGGAUGCCGGCAAGCAAAUGCAGCCCUUUCGCAGGCAGCACACACACACUGCAGCGAAGAUUAAGUUCACCUCAGGAGUCUGGAACACGCUGCUGCCCGGCAUGCUGAAUGAUUUCCACUCAUAGCUCUUCUGUGUGCCGUUUGAAGAUGAUCAGGUUUUGUGUUGUGGGAUCCAAAAAGAAACGCAUUGACUUUUGAGGAGGAGCUGUUUGUUUUUCUUUUUUCUUCUCUUCAAAAUUUCAAGAAGAAAAUUCCACCAAAUGAACUCUUUUGCCCCGGAAACUUAGUAGGUCGCGCCCACUCACAAACACAAACACAAACCUCGCAGGAGGUGGGCUACAUGCAUUCUUUGUUCCUCUUUAAAAGUCAGAGGAGUGUGAUACUUUUAUCCGUCCAGCCUGCGUGGUUCAGAUUGCACUAACCUCCCCUUUGCAGACGAGGGGCAAUACUUCUGUCUCUGGAGAGGCAAGAAUAAACUGCUUGGAAGACGGUGACAUUUGCACUGGAACAGAAAGUCUAUUUUUUAAUCUUAUGCAACAAGCAGGUUCUUUCACUGUGUGUGUAUGUUUUUAUUUAUUCAGUCUGCUCAGCAUGCGUGCUUGUUCAGAAGAAAAAGAACGAAAAAAACCCAAAACAUUGAGUCUGUGUGUCGCGGGGAGGCAGUUCACGGUAAUGUUUGCUGUCUAAUGAGCCCCAAUCUGUACUGAGAGUCUUUCACUUUAACCACUCUGAUUCUCUCCCAUCACCUAAAAAGGAGGAGUUAGCCGUUAAAUCACAGGUCUGCUUCGUUAAUAGCAACCCUGAAUCUGCCACGAAUCUCCGUCUCGUCCUCUGCGGCAGCGUAAUACGAGACGAAGUGAACUACAUAACCGGGGAAAGUAAUCUUAAGAGAUCCUAAAACUGUCUUUGAAUGUUGUCCAAAUAAUAAAACAUUAAAAAGUGCCAGAUAUUUUACUUGAUUUGACGUCUAGAUGUCAUCGCCCGACAGGCUAGAUAUAACUUUUUAUGCUCCAACUUGAUUGAAUUUUGAAGUCAAUAAUAUUUUUGUUGCCUCAGAGCUUCUCAUGGGAAUAUAAAUUUCACUGCAGCUCCAGUUCUUCUCUUUUUUUUCCAAACAGCCUGUCACACAGGGUUUUAAAUUGUUUUUGAAGUUCAUUCUUAACAAGACCAGUCCUGGGUUCAGUUCCCUGCCAGUUAAAAUUGAACUAAAUUCACAGUCUUUACAUGAAAUGCUUCAGUUUCAAAUUACAUACAAUGAUAUGUAGUUACUUUUUUACAUACACUGUAUAAAAAUGUUAGUUUUAAAUCUGUAAGGAUUACAGAAAUUAAUUUCUACUCACUAAAUGCCAGAAUAAUGACAGGGAGCUCUUUGGGAGGCGUUAGUUAAUUUUCUCAGUAGUUGAGGAUCCAGAACCUACAGGAAGCAAACAGUCUGAUCUUUACCAGGUUGGGCUAUUGUUGAGCUUUUUUCAAAUUCAGAAGUUUACGUCCAUUUGUUUUUUUAGCAUUUGAUAGAAUUACCUUUUGGGUCUUAUGACUUGGGUCAACCUUUUUUGAUGUCCUUCCAUAAGCUUCUCAGAACUGGUGUGAGUCGGGUUUGGAGGUCGUCUCGUUCACGUACCCCUUCUCAGCUCUGCCACAAUUUCUUUUUAAUGAGACUUUUAAUCACACAGCAUGUCUCCAAAAGUUAAGGACUUUGUUCUUGAGUGCAUAUGGCAACUAAUAUGGCUUUUUAUGUUCUUCCUCUCUGUGCGGUUUUUCAGCCAUUGUUGGUACUCUUACCUGCAUCUUCACCAGAUGUUGAGAUUUUGUUCAGUGGUUUAUCAAACAUUUUCAACUUUGAGACACAAAACCCAUUUUGUUCCUGAACAUUGUGCUGCCCGGACAUUCCUAUGAUGUUUAUUCUUGCAUAUAGUAGUUUGAACAGAUGAAUUUGAUACCCAAAGAUGAACCAGACUUCACUUCCUGGUAUCCCAGUUGAAACAAGGAGACGGCGUCUUUGUGAAUUAACCUAUCAGAAACUUACAAAGCCAUGACAUCAUCGUCAUUUGGGCUUUCUUGAAUCCUUAAGUCAUAGAAAUCUUAGUGUACGUAAACUUGUGAUAUUGAAGAAAGUGUUAAACAUUUUCGUCAUUCUGGAAUUUAGCAAAUCAAACAAUUUUGGUAACCUUAAACCUUAAACAGGAUCAUUUCUGACAGUCAGGGGGGGAAACGUCAUUUUAUACAGUGUAUGCAAAAAGUUUGGUUCAUUGUGUAUCAUUUGGCUUGUGCCAUCAUUUAUCUUUGUAAUUCUCCCCAAUUCUCUCUGCUCUCAUAAACUGUAUUCCAGUAUUGACCAAUUCCCAAUAAAGCUGCUUCAAUUGA